AUGCACCGCCCGACGGGUGGUCACUCAGAACAAGCCUUGUUGAAAAAUGAUGAAAAUGGACGUUUCGUCCGAACUAGCUUUGGAGGAGAUGCAGAGGACCGACCCAUGUUGCACCCUCGUCGGCCCACCAUACGGAGCAACAACAGCUCGGCACAAGAUGCGAAUCGUGCAACUCGCAAGAAAUAUAUGAUAGCAUUGGUCUUUCUACUUCUGAGUCUGGCUAGUUUUGUCGUCCAGACAGAAACUGCGGUGUAUAUUCAACACGAGUUACACUGGGAUAAACCGUAUUGUAUGCUUUAUGUGACACACGGCUCAUGGGUAUUGCUCUGGCCAUUCCAGCUGCUUAUCCUUCGAAUUCAGAAACGGAAGAUGUCAUGGGCGGCGUUUUGGCGCCGCCAUUGCUCUCUUCUUAGAACUACCGCGCAGAUGGUGGAAACUCAAGAAGUCCAUCUCACAACCCGCGCUUCUCAUCGUUCGCCCAUUCCAUAUAUGAUAAAGACCACUGCCUUUGUAACCAGUGCGCUCACAAUUGCCGGUGGCUCUUGGUACGUGGCUGUCAACAUGACCACAGCUAGUGACUUGACCGCAAUCUACAACUGCUCAGCAUUCUUCGCGUAUGCCUUUUCAAUCCCUUUUCUGAACGAGAAACUGCGAUUUGACAAGGUUUUUGCUGUCGGAGUCGCAAUCGUCGGCGUGCUAGUAGUAGCAUACGGCGACCGACCUGAUAAGAAAGUAUCCAAGGGAGGUACCGCCACGGAUGGUGGUGACAGUGACGGUGACGCCCAGAACCGGCUUCUGGGUAAUAUUGUCAUUGGCGUGGGAAGUGUACUCUAUGGAUUGUACGAGGUGUUAUACAAAAGAUUCGCCUGUCCCCCGGAGGGUACCAGUCCUGGUCGAGGUACCAUCUUCGCAACUACCUUUGGUAGUCUUAUCGGUGCAUUUACUCUUUCUGUGCUUUGGAUUCCGAUACCAAUUCUGCACGUCCUCGGCUGGGAGACUUUCCGCUUCCCAACCGGCGAGGCGGGCAAGAUGCUUCUCAUAUCUAUUUGUGCCAAUGCGACUUUCUCCGGGUCAUUCCUGGUGCUCAUUUCGCUCACAUCGCCCGUUCUUUCAUCCGUUGCAGCACUCCUGACCAUCUUCCUUGUCGCUAUUGUGGACUGGUUCCGCACUGGGCAACCUCUUUCUUUGGCAGCAAUCAUCGGAGGCAUCUUAAUCAUCGUAGCCUUUUUCCUCUUGAGUUGGAGCACCUACCGGGAGUUGAGUGAGGAACGGAGAAAGUCUCUAGAGAACGACCAGGUUGAAUCUGAGAGCGACGAAUAG